AGACGGGGCCGGCCCGCCUGCUUGGCUGCCAUUGGCUGGGGACGCUGGGGCUGGGAGAUAAAAGCUAGAGCCCAGGGCACAGUACGCUAACUGUGCGGACUGGAUCGGCCACCGCCACCUAGCUCCACCGAUCGAUCACAACCAGGAAGAGCAGAAUCUCUGGGAGCACGUUGGGACCAUGGAGGACGGAUUCACGUAUGAAGAUUAUCAGAACACUGCACAAUGGCUUCUCUCUCAUACUAAGCACCGGCCGCAAGUGGCAGUGAUCUGUGGUUCUGGGCUAGGAGGUCUGGCUGAUAGAUUAACUCAGGCCCAGAGCUUUGACUACAGCGACAUACCCAACUUUCCCCAAAGCACAGUGCCAGGUCAUGCUGGUCAAUUGGUGUUUGGAUUCCUGAAUGGCAAAGCCUGUGUGAUGAUGCGGGGCAGAUUCCACAUGUAUGAAGGAUACUCACUCUGGAAGGUAACAUUUCCCGUGAGGGUUUUCCAGCUUUUGGGAGUGGAUACUCUGGUGGUCACCAAUGCAGCUGGAGGGCUCAACCCUAAGUUUGAGGUGGGAGACAUCAUGCUGAUCCGUGAUCAUAUCAACCUACCUGGUUUCUCUGGUCAGAACCCUCUCAUAGGGCCCAAUGAUGAAAGGUUUGGAGCUCGUUUCCCUGCCAUGUCUGAUGCUUAUGACCGGAAUAUGAGGAAGAAGGCUUUCAGUGUCUGGAAACAAAUGAAUGAGAAGAGAGAGCUCCAAGAAGGCACCUAUGUGAUGUUGGCUGGCCCCAACUUUGAGACUGUGGCAGAAUGUCACCUGCUGCAGAAGCUGGGGGCAGAUGCUGUUGGCAUGAGCACAGUACCAGAAGUUUUAGUUGCUCGGCACUGUGGACUUCGAGUCUUUGGCUUCUCACUCAUCACUAACAAAGUCAUCACAGAUUAUGAAAGCCUGGAGAAGGCCAAUCAUGAAGAAGUACUAGAGGCCGGGAAACAAGCUGCAAAGAAAUUGGAACAGUUUCUCUCCCUUCUCAUGACUAGCAUUCCACCCUCUGACAAUGCCUAAUGACCACUCCUGGACUGGCCAGGGACCUCCCUGCUGGAAUCCAAGUGGCUACCACUACUUUGGCCCCUUACUGGGGUCAGGUGCCUCUGCUUUUGGGUAGUAGAAAGAAAAUGAGCUCUCUAUCCUUCACAUUCCCUACUUUCUCCCACCAGACCUUUUUGGUACCAAGUCCUCUUGCUCAGUUGUCUUCUCAAUGGAGUUUUUCUACCCCAUUCCUCUGGAAGAGCUGGAGCACAAUGUCCUAUCACACCUGGGGACAUGCCUAUGAUUGGGCAUAGGCCUUUGAACUCUUAACAGUAGCUACUACGAGCUCUUUGAGAGCACAGUCUCAUGUUCUUGGGGCUCUAUUUUGCUUCACUUACAGCACUAGAGAGCAAAUAAGGACCAGCUCAUACACCAUAAUAUUUUGAGAAUAAAGAUAGGAAAUUGUUUUUUAACUUUUUUGUGUAACUUGGGAUGAGGCUGGAGCACAGGCCAAGAUUGACACAAAUGGCUGUAAUCUCCUCAGAAUAGUUAAGAACUGAGAUGAGGUGAUAUGUGAGCAGCAAAAAACGAAGAAAAGAUAAAAUGAUAAAGGAUAGUGUGGCCUAAGUUGUCACUUCUUUAUUAAGCGUUAUCUAGUCAUUAUCCUUUUCUUUACAUUCCUUCUCCCCUACUUUCUGUGUUCUUACAGAGUAGUGCAAGUGCCCCUUUGUCUGCUGCCAGCCACCCCACUGCUGACGAGAUUCCUUCCUGCCAGCCCCAGGAAAACCUGCGAAAUUGGUUCAAAUUCAGCUUCUCUUGGAGCACCUGCUUUCCUCCUACUGCUUUCUUUCUGAGUUCUGCUUGCUUUUGCUUGGUCUAAUCUCCCUGUGACUCUGCAUUCAGGCAUAGUUCUUUGUUGGCUCACCACAUGCUUUUGCUUAUCAGCUUACAUUCAGCUGCCUGGCAUGUUUGGAAACCACACUACCCUCUCAGGCCUAUGUGCCUUUUAAGAAAGGACAGUGCUGCCUGGUGCAGUGGCCAACCUGGGCAACUUAGUGAGAUUCUGUCUGGGCUGGGGAUGUGGUACAGUGCCCCCUGGACUUCAUCCUUACUCCCCAGGACUGCCAUAAAACAAAACAAAACAAAACAAAAAACCCAGUCCUAGAUAAGCUUCUAUUUGUAAAGACAUUUCAGUUGUUAGUGGUAUAACACAGAAGAAGUAUUUUGGACAGGAGGCUUUUGAGAACUCUUUCAAAUCAUCCUUUGGUAACUGACCUACUUAGAUGAGUCCAGUCCAAAGAAAAGUCAUCUUGGAGCAGGCACAUUACUACCAUUCUUCUGCUGUUUGUACCUCUACUUACCUCUUAAUUCUCCCUGGACCUCCAGGUGAUCUGCCAGAAUGAGUUUGUCCCUAGUUUAGAGGAAAAUACUGCCCUUCUUUUGCAUACGUACAUAACUAUAACUUGUUCAUGUAAUGAGAUGGUUUAUAGGCAUUUUAAUCCUUGAGUAUUUCUUAGUGUAGCACUUGGCUAGUAAAAUGCUAAACUGAGUAUAUAAAAAUGGUCCUUGCAAAUGGCCACCAUUUUAAGAUACUUAUGAAGCACCUAUUGUAUAUGACUUGUACAAAAUAGGUACAAGUCUUUUAGCUUGUGUCUUUUUUGUUUUGCUUGUGUGCUGGAACCCAAGAACUGUACUCAGCCUCUGAGCUUAGUCUUGAAGGAUGAAAACAAAAGGAUUUCACAUCUGAAUAAGCCAAAGCAUAGACCUGGAGCCGAGGCAUGUAGAGAAGUGAUUGGAAGUCUGAGGAGAGCUGCUGGGCUGUCCUACCUCUGAUCUGCCUCUUGCUCAGACUGAACAGGAACCAGAAUGGUGCCACCUGAAAAAUAUGUUCUGGAGAAACCUGAGUAGGAUAUUAAGGCAUUUUUAGAUUUAGUGAGUAUACUAAAUUUGUCUGCACUAUAUGAAGAUAAUUUUCUUUUAAAAAAAUCUGUAUUGAGAUAAAAUUCACAUAGCACGAAGUUCAUCCAUUUACAGUUUACAAUAUUUAGUGUAUUCACAGAUAAAUGCAAUUAUCAUCAGGAAACCAUAUCUACUCCAACUUCCCCAACCCCCUGCCCCACACCAUUGUGGCCCCGAACCACUAAUGUGUUUUCUGUCUCUAUGUGUUUAACUAUUUUUUUUGAAUAGAUUUAUGUAUCCUGUAAA